GGAGCAGCGGCGAGAGGAGCUGCGCCUCCCCCUGAGAAACCGAGCCCGCGGGGAGCGAUGCGACGGCGGCUGAGGGGCCUCCCGUGAGCCGACCCCCAUCCUCCGGCGACGAGUGGGGGCUCCCCCUCGCCGGGUGCCCGCGGACGACGGAGUCCGGCGGGAGCUGCGAGACCUCUCACCUGCGACCGGCACGGAGGGGGCCGCCCUCCGCCCCCCGGGGGUAACCGGGGCGGGGGGCUGCUGUGGCGCCGCGCUCCCCGCGGCUGCUGAGCGGGACGGGAGAGGAGCCGGGGCCGCCGCCCGCGCGCCGCCGAGCAUGGAGUGGAGUUACCUGUUGGAAAUCACCUCGCUGCUCGCCGCCCUGUCCCUGCUGCAGCGCGCCGGCUGCGCCGCUGCCUCGGCCGCCGCCGCCGCGUCCUCCUCCUCCUCCUCGGCAAAGGAGCUGUCGUGCCAGGAGAUCACCGUGCCUCUCUGCAAGGGCAUCGGCUACAACUACACCUACAUGCCCAACCAGUUCAACCACGACACGCAGGACGAGGCCGGGCUGGAGGUGCACCAGUUCUGGCCGCUGGUGGAGAUCCAGUGCUCCAGCGACCUGCGCUUCUUCCUCUGCAGCAUGUACACCCCCAUCUGCCUGGAGGACUACAAGAAGCCGCUGCCGCCCUGCCGCAGCGUCUGCGAGCGGGCCAAGGCCGGCUGCGCCCCGCUCAUGCGCCAGUACGGCUUCGCCUGGCCCGACAGGAUGCGCUGCGACCGCCUCCCCGAGCAGGGCAGCCCGGACACGCUCUGCAUGGACUACAACCGCACGGACCUCACCACGGCCGCGCCGCCGCCCGCCAAGCCCCCGCUCCGCGGCUCCAAGCCCGGCACCCCCGCCAAGGCGCCCCCCGCCGGGGGGGGGGGGGGGGGGGGGGGGGGGGGGGGGGGGGGGGGGGGGGGGGGGGGGGGGGGGGGGGGGGGGGGGGGGGGGGGGGGGGGGGGGGGGGGGGGGGGGGGGGGGGGGGGGGGGGGGGGGGGGCCGGGCUGCCAGUGCCGGGCGCCCAUGGUGUCGGUGUCCAGCGAGCGGCACCCGCUCUACAACCGCGUCAAGACGGGGCAGAUCGCCAACUGCGCCCUGCCCUGCCACAACCCCUACUUCAGCCCCGACGAGCGCGCCUUCACCGCCUUCUGGAUCGGACUCUGGUCCGUGCUCUGCUUCCUCUCCACCUUCGCCACGGUCUCCACCUUCCUCAUCGACAUGGAGCGCUUCAAGUACCCCGAGCGCCCCAUCAUCUUCCUGGCCGCCUGCUACCUCUUCGUGUCGCUGGGCUACCUGGUGCGGCUGGUGGCGGGCCGGGGGGGGGGGGGGGGGGGGGGGGGGGGGGGGGGGGGGGGGGGGGGGGGGGGGGGGGGGGGGGGGGGGGGGGGGGGGGGGGGGGGGGGGGGGGGGGGGGGGGGGGGGGGGGGGGGGGGGGGGGGGGGGGGGGGGGGGGGGGCGGUGGCCGAGCACGUACGGUACGAGAGCACCGGCCCGGCGCUGUGCACCGUGGUCUUCCUGCUCGUCUACUUCUUCGGCAUGGCCAGCUCCAUCUGGUGGGUCAUCCUCUCCCUCACCUGGUUCCUGGCUGCGGGCAUGAAGUGGGGCAACGAGGCCAUCGCCGGCUACGCGCAGUAUUUCCACCUGGCCGCCUGGCUGCUCCCCAGCGUCAAGUCCAUCGCUGUGCUGGCGCUCAGUUCUGUGGACGGGGACCCCGUGGCUGGCAUCUGCUACGUGGGCAACCAGAGCCUGGAGAACUUACGGGGCUUCGUGCUGGCACCGCUGCUCAUCUACUUGGCCAUCGGCUCCAUGUUCCUGCUCGCCGGCUUCGUCUCGCUCUUCCGUAUCCGCAGCGUCAUCAAGCAGCAGGGUGGCCCCACCAAGACCCACAAGCUGGAGAAGCUGAUGAUACGCCUGGGACUCUUCACUGUGCUCUACACCGUGCCAGCUGCCAGCGUGGUUGCCUGCCUGUUCUACGAGCAGCACAACCGGCCCCGCUGGGAGGCCACGCACAACUGCCCCUGCCUGCGCGACCAGCAGCCCGACCAGGCGCGCCGCCCGGACUAUGCCGUCUUCAUGCUCAAGUACUUCAUGUGCCUGGUGGUGGGCAUCACCUCUGGCGUCUGGGUCUGGUCUGGCAAGACCCUGGAAUCCUGGAGGGCCCUCUGCACUCGCUGCUGCUGGGCCAGCAAAGGUGCUGCGGUGGCUGGGAGCACAGGGGCAGGAGCAGGUGGACAGGCAGUGAUCACCGCGGCAGGAGGACUUGGGGCUGGAGGUGGUGGCUCGCUCUACAGCGAUGUCAGCACCGGCCUGACGUGGAGAUCCGGCACUGCCAGCUCUGUCUCCUAUCCCAAGCAGAUGCCCCUGUCUCAAGUGUGAGGAGGGGGAAAGAGGCCAAAGGUUAGGGAAUGAGGGACACUGGCCUGCCUAAAAUACCCCCUCACUGUUUGGUGCCAUUAAUGAACCCCUAAUGGUCCUUAUUAGCCACAGCUUGUAUAGAACAAUGCAGCUGGCAGAGGCCCCAGGCUCCAACCCCCUCCUCCUUCCCCUCCAUUCAUAUGCAGGGAGCAUGUACUUCAAGGAGCCAGCUUAUUAUUUUGCUGGCAGAGGAGGGUAGAGGCUCACCCGUGUCUUGCAGAGGGCAAGGCACAGCGGCUUCUGAGUCACUCUGGACUAACAGCAGUUCUUUACUCAUGGGAGGGAGGGUCUUCCUCCCCCCAACCUGAGGUGGGAGUCUGCUGGGGACUGCAGGUUUUUGGGAUGUGGAUGACCAGGCAAAUGCCUUACAAUAUUGACUGAAUCAAAACAUGUCUUAAUUAUACACCCCAGCUAAAUACGGGUUUCCUACAUUAAAGGAUGUAUUUAUAUAAUUAUUUGUUACCUUGUACAGAUGUGUAAAAUAUGUAUAUAUCCAAAGCUAUACAGUCUGUAAAUUUUUUUGUAAAAAAGUUUAGAGACUACCCCUGUAAGAGCAAA